AUGAUGAAAGUGGAGCAAUCGACAAUUCCAGGAAUUCCUGGAGUCAAUUCUGGAGUUGAUGAUGAGGAAAAAUUUGGACGAGAGGAUGUUGCUAAGAUUUUGAAAAAGUUUAAGAAAAACUUGGCAGGUGAAAAAUUCCUGACUGAACCUGACGACAGGACUCUGAUGACAUUUUUAAGAACCAAAAGAUACGACUUGGUGCAGGCUGAAAAACUGCUGAAGACCUAUGAUGAAUUCAGGCGAAAACAUGGUCAAAACUGGUUAAAAAUUUCCAAAACCGAGUACAAAACAGUAUUUGCAUCUGGUGUUUUGGAUCUUCUGGACGAAAAAGACAAACGUGGUCGACGAGUUUUGUGGUUAAGAGCUGGUAAAUGGAUACAGAAACUUCAUACAGCUGACCAAUGUCUUAAGAUUGGUGGUCUAAUGGCAGAACUAGCAUUCCUCAUAGAAUCCCAAGUGGACCCUUAUUCUGGUUGUGUGGCCAUCAUUGAUAUGGAAGGUUUCAGUAUGACGCAACUAAAGGGCGUUACGCCUUCUUUUGUUAGAAAAUUGAUGCACUAUUUGGUGUCUUGUUUAGCAAUGAGAAUUUUCACAGCCCACGUAAUUCGAGAAUCGUCAGGAUUUGCUGUAGUUUUCGCACUUUUCCGCAAAUUUAUCGACGACAGAAUGAGAAAAAGGAUAUUUUUCCACCAACACGAUAUGAAUUCUCUGGCCGACAGUGUCGGUUUGGAUAUUUUGCCCUUGGAAUUGGGAGGCCCUUGUUUGUCCGACCCUGAAAAAUGGGUCAGGUUGUUGGAUGACCCAAAAAUUAUACAAGAAUUGGAAAAAAUUGGGUACACAUUUGUUGAAGAUUAGCACGAACAAAAUAAUUUGUUUAAGUUUAACGAAA